AUGACACGGUAUCAUAAUGGCUCACUAAUACCCACCACACUUUUUGGUAGUACCUGUGGAGCAAGCACACUAUUGGUUGGUGAGACCCGUUUGUCAGGUAAUGACAGUCUUCAUCUUUUUAAUCCUCAGGACAUUACAUUGAACGAAGACAAUGGAUUCGAUUAUGUUGCCGACACAUUCAACCACCGAAUACUUCGAUAUUCGUUUGGGUCACCCAUGACCACAGAUGUAGCUGGGGGAAAUGGAGCUGGCAUAGGAGCGAAUUUUUCGAUUGAUUACACUCAAUUGAAUGAGCCGUAUGGUAUUUAUGUUUCGAAAAAUACUAGUACAUUCUAUAUCGCCGAUACAGUAAACAAUCGCAUUGUACGUUGGCGUCUUGGCCAAUCAACCGGAAUGACAAUUGAGGGCGACUGUAAUGGUAUGGUUGGUACUGCCUCAUCUCUGUUGAACGUCCCUCUCACUCUUACUAUGGAUAGUAUCUGUAUGUCAGUGAUUCAGGAAACAAUCGAAUACAAAUGA